AAGGAUGUCUCAAGAAAAUUCGGAAUGGUUACCUAUUCAGUCACAAACUACUUGUCUCAGACGUAAUAAAGUAAUCAAUGAUCCGGUUCAUGGACACUUUGAGUUGGAAGAAUAUUGUGUCGAUGUAAUAGAUACUCCACACUUUCAAAGACUACGAGAUUUGAAACAACUAGGAAGUUGUUAUUAUGUAUUUCCUGGGGCAACUCACUGUCGUUUUGAACACUCUUUAGGAGUUUGUUAUCUAGCUGGAGCUCAACUGGAGCAGUUGUAUUAUAAACAAAAAUCGGAAAUAUUCGAAAACGAUGAAGAGUUUCAGAACUAUUGUAAGUUAGUUAGAAUAGCAGGUCUCUGUCACGAUUUGGGACAUGGUCCUUUUAGUCAUUCCUUUGACGACAUUUUCUUAAGAAAAAAGUUUGGUUCCUUGACUCUUGACGAAUAUCCUCAGUUAAGGCAUGAAUACCGCAGUAUUCAGCUCUUGGAGAACUUGAUAGAAAGUAAUUCUAUAGACAUAGAUAGGCAGGAUUUGAGGAUUAUUGGAGAAUUGAUUCAAGGUUCUUCUACUUUGGGUCAAUCUUCUCUAGUUCCUCCAUUUCUGUAUCAAAUUGUUUCGAAUAAGUACAAUAGUGUAGACGUAGACAAAUUUGAUUAUCUCGUACGCGAUACUAGAGCAACAGGACUCAAAUUUGGUUUUGAUCAUUCUCGGUUGAUGCAAUAUUGUAGAGUAGUAGACAAUUGGAUUUGUUAUCAUCAAAAGGAAAUUUUUAAUAUGUACGAUAUGUUCAACUUGCGUUUCAAACUUCAUAAGAUUGUUUAUAACCAUCGUACAUCGAAAGCCAUUGAUUACAUGUUGAUGGACAUUCUUUUACAUGCCGACGCUUAUUUUGAUAUAAGCAAUUCCAUAUUUGAUAAUACACAUUUCGUUAGAAUGACAGACUCCAUUCUGUAUUCUAUUGAACACAGCAGAGAACCUUCAUUAGGGAAAUCGAGAGAAAUCUUACAUUCUCUUCGUAAAAGGGAAUUGUACAAGUUUGUGUGUGAAUUGUUGGUGCCUUCGCAUAUUCCUGAUAUUACAGAAGAAGAAGUAACUAGUCAUCAAAAUACUCCUCAAGUCGAUCUUCGUCCUGAAGAUAUUAUUGUUCAAAAUAUGAGAGCGAACUAUGCUAUGAAAGAGAAGAAUCCAGUUGAUAAUGUACUUUUCUUUCGUAACUGGGAAGAUCGAAACCCUGUUCACAUUCCCCGGGAACACGUUUCCUAUUUAAUUCCCGACGUUUUUGAAGAACACACAGUACGACUAUAUUCCAAAAGUCGGGAUCCUCUUAUCAUACAAGCUGCUAAGAAAGCCUUUCAAAUGGCGGUUCAAUGUUAUUUGGAUAGCUCUGAUAUUAAAAAACAAUUGGAUGAGCAAUCAUCUUCAGAAUAUCAUUCCAAUCGAAACAAGAGAAAACGCUCUUCAUUUUAGACAAUAACUUUUGUAUAUCGAAUCCUUCACAAGGAAAUAAACCAACAAUCAUGUAC